AUGCUUUGGGCUGCAUUGCUCUUGUUAUCGGGUAAUGCCGUCGCAACGCGUCAUGAUUCGGAUUUGAUGUCUUUUGUGACGCUCCCUGAAGUUCGGGCCUUGAAAUGGGAGGUUGAAUACCAUGACCGCGAGCGGUUGGCCCCCGGAUACUGGUUCGUCGCGCCAUAUGGGCAAAUCAGCCCAGAGAAACCCACCAUGAAAUAUCAACAAUACCAAGUCGGACCCUACAUUUACGAUGACAGUGGCGUCCUUAUCUGGGCUGGAGCGCCCUUGUACGACAAUCAUAAUGUCUUCGACUUCAAGCCGGUACACAACAUCGGGGAUGACCCUUAUCUGUCGUUCAUUGUGGGGUGGGAAUACGAUGAUUCCAAGAAGGGCCACGGCGCGAUUGUGAACAAUCACUACGAGGUGGAAAAAGAGGUCCAGGCUCUCAGCGAUGUCCAUGAUUUCAACAUGCACGAAUUCAACAUUAUGGAUGGUGGAAAGACUGCAUUGGCUUGCAUAUAUCGACCCCAGCUCGUCAGUCUGACCGACUUCGGACGCCCAACGGAAGAGAGUUGGGUUACGGUUGGUGGAUUUGUCGAGGUGGAUAUCGAAACCAGCAAGGUUCUGGUGCAGUGGGAUUCAUUCGACAAGAUUGAUCUGCACGAAUCGACCAUGUUCCAUGAAUCGGAUGCCCCAGCUGGAUCGCCCGGUUGGGACUACGUACAUAUCAAUGCAGUCGACAAAAACGAGGCCGGCGACUAUUUGAUCUCAUUGCGGUUCACCAAUACCAUUUACUUGAUUUCUGGCAAGGAUGGAAACAUCUUAUGGCGCUUGGGUGGAAAAGAGAGCAAUUUCGAGCAGGACUUUACCUUCUCUAAGCAGCAUGAUGUCAAGUUUGUCUCGUCAGACGGCACCCACCACGUGAUCUCGAUGCUGAACAAUGCCUCCGACGAAGGUGGCCAGGACGAGAAGAUAUCCUCCGUUUUGUUCAUCGAGCUAGACACAAGUCUUGUCCCUAUGACCGCCAAGGUGAUUAAGCGGAUUAAUCGCCCCGAUAGUGGUCUCACCCGACUCCGUGGUAGCGCUCGCGCCCUUCCCAACGGCAACGUCUUUAUCGGAUGGAGCGAGCGCGGCUACUCGAGCGAGCACGCAUCGAACGGCGAUCUUCUAAUGACCGCCCGGUUUGUAUCAGAUCGGUACUCAACCUAUCGCUCUUACAAGGGUGAGUUUAUCGGUCGCCCCACUGCGCCUCCAGACCUAGUCGCAUCGGUCUACGGUACCAGCGACGAGGACAUGACAACGAUCAUCCACGUCAGCUGGAACGGUGCGACCGAUGUCGUUCAGUGGAAAUUCUACGCGCAGGCCCGUGACCACGGUCAAUCUGUGCUCCUCGGCACCACCAACAAAACAGACUUCGAGACCAUGUUCAUCGCCGAUGGUUAUAUGGACUUUGUUUCCGCAGAGGCCAUCGAUACCGACGGCAAUGUCAUGCAUACUUCUGAAAUCAUGCGCACUGGAACCCCACCCGACUGGAAAGCCGCCGGCUGGACCGGUUCUGGCUCCGGCCCUACUCCUGACGACCCCUCGAUCAUCGUCGCUGCGAACAACGAUAACACGAAGUCGAUGUCUUCCGCCGACACCAAUGGCGACAAAGCGACCGAAUCGAUCAAGAACAGUACAUCCACUGGUUCUGGCGACCGUUCAAAUGCCCAAUACGCUGACGCGAAGGAGGUCGCCAAGAAUGUUGCCAAGGCCUACGAGGUCGUCCGCGCAAUUGGCAAUCUCCUCAUCUUUAUCCUUCUGGCUGGCGUUUUGUGCGGAGGCGGGUUUGCUGCCCGGCGGUUCAUGCGCACCCGCCGUGGCCGCCGCUACCAGGAGGUCCCCUCUGGGGAGCGUCUCCCCGUGGAAGAAUUCCGUCUCUCUUCCCACCAACGGUCUUGA